AUAUCCGAGGGGUUGAAACUAGCGUGAGCAGUAUUACACAGCUGACAGAGCCAGCCUCUCACCCGACUCUCUUUGCGCAUGUCAUGGCCAUACCGACGGCGACGGUAGUCGCAACCGCAACGAGAACGCUCGCCGCUCGAGCCGCCGACCCCAACCCGACGACACCCGCGUUCGUGAACGGCCUGCAAUGGAUCACGGCUUACCUUGCGAUACAUAUGCUCAGCGUUCCGAGUCGGCGUUACUCGUACCUCUUGUGGAUAGCCAUCGUCUUUGGCUUCCUCAUAUUCGCUAUCGCGCACUGGACCGGGUCACGGGGUGGAGUCCUUGGUGCAUAUUGGUCGAAGUGGGCCAUACGGCGGCGGACGGUGGGCAAAUGGCGGACGGUGAAGAAGAAGGGACAGACAUUGAGGAAACAACCUAUGCUAUUGCCCUCCAAUGCCCAACUGCUCUGCCUGACUGCCCUUUUCGCCGCGGCAUUCUUGUUGUCCUUCGUCGGUCCAGAUUACAUCAAGCCGAACACCCCAACAUGGAACUGGACCAAACGCUCUGUCGAGCUGGGGAAACGCAAGCUGAAGUAUGAUCCGAACGACUACGUUGGGUUUGCUCCCCAGUACACCAUAGCGAAGGCGUGGUGGACUGUCGGCGGUCGGACGGGCAUGAUUGCGUUUGCAUUCCUUCCCCUAUGCAUCCUUUUUGCGAUCAAGGCGCCACCGUUCGCUCUCUUCGCGGUACCCUUUAUGAUUCAAAUCCACUUUGACAAGCUUGCUUGGCUGCAUCGCUGGUGCGGCCGCCUGAUCUGGUUCCUCUCCGCCCUUCACGUCGCAACUUGGAGCGUACAGCUCUGGAACGAUCACAAGACAUCCCCAUUCGCGGACUCCAAGGACACGAACAAGCGAGCGUAUUUCUAUGCAUGGCAGUUCGAGCGCUUCAUUUACGCGUGGAUCGCGUUCGGCUUGUUCACUGCCAUCGUCCUCCUCUCCAUCCUUCCGUUGCGGCGAGAUCACUACGAGACGUUCUGGUUCCUUCAUGUCCUCCUCGUACCCAUGGCCAUCGUCAUGGCAGCGCUUCACCAUCCUCCGAUCUGGUACUGGUGUUGGGCAGCCUUGGCUAUAUGGGGCGGCGAACGACUAUGGAGGGCUGGAUUCUGGCUUUGGAAUAAUGGUUUCCUCGGCACUAGUUCUGCCUCUCGGCCCUCAUAUCAGCGCGCCUCACAUGUCCAUGCAAGCGGGUUGAAGGAAUCGGCAGCUUAUCCUUUACCAUCACCGGUUCCGCCUGUGUAUCAGGACAAACGGAACGAGCCCGUACGGUCAAUCCAUGAUACGCAUUCCCCUAUAUCGCCUGCCGUCUCCGCCAGGUUCACGCCAACACAUCCCAAUUACCCCUCGGAAUCUUCUGUCGAUGCCUUCCUUUCCUCUCAGUCGGAGUAUUCGCCCCCUCCUGGAUAUGCCCAAGCUGAGCUCUUGGCCGGACGCACCGUUCGCCUCACCUUCACCCCUCCACGACAGCUAUCGUGGGCACCGGGCCAGCACUUCCUCAUAUGCAUACCCUCUGUCUCCUCUUUCCUUUCCCACCCCUUUACGGUGGCCUCCGUAUCCGAUUUGAAAGCGCCAACCGCAAGCGGCCGACAACUUGUCAUCCUCGUGCGCGCGAAAGCGGGCUGGACGCGAGACUUGUGGGACGAGGUCAUGAGCCUGACCGUCCGCGGUUUUAGGCAUCAUCCCAUGGAGAAGCAGCCUCCGGACGACCAGUUACCGCCGAGAGGUUUGCUUAUGCGUAUGUGGGUCGAUGGUCCUUUUGGGUCGUCGAUCAGAGCGCGGUGGGGACACUAUUCGACUGCGCUUAUUGUUUCUGGUGGCUCAGGCGUGAGCUUCGGUCUCUCCGUGUUGGAAUACCUGUGCCUAUGCAUGGCGGGCCGUGACGGAAGGGAGUUAGGAGGCCGUCCUGGCGGAUGGGGCAAGCGAGGUUUCAUGACCAGACGCGUGCGAUUCGUCUGGCUCGUCCGCGAGUUUUCUCACAUACAAUGGUGUGCCACUGUCCUGCGUCGCUGCAGGGAUCUGAUCCCUGAACCCGGUCUGCAAAUCAACAUAUUCGUCACUAACUUAUCAUCACCGCCGAAGUCCCCACGGCCGCGUAUCGACACCUCCUACCUGCUACAUUCCGUCGAGAACGAUCACCUGGCUCCACCUACACCCCAAUAUGCGAAGGCCGAGCGCCAAAGACGCGAUUCAGUAUCCUCAGUCGAGAGUGAUGCCGAGUCCGAUCUUAGCGAGAUUGACCUGAGCUACUAUACCGGCGGCCCUUCCGGCACCAACUACGACGACUCUCAAGACGACAUGGUCCAGACCGGUACCGUCCUCGACCUGACCAACUUCGACGGCGAAGACGACACUGCUCUGCCUGGAGAGGCGCGGCUGAGCCGACAGUUACAGAAGACUGGGAGACAUAAGCGAACGCUCUCUCGCAAGGCGCACUCCGCGCAGGCUUCAAGGUCUGAUUUGUCGAAGCGCGGGGAGUUCAGUGGGUCAGCGCGGGCGCAGCAGUCGACGGACAAGCUGCUUGGAAACAUGAGCAAGCCGAUGUCACCUAUUGAAGAAGACUACAUGAGUGGAUAUAAUAGCCCAAGGAGUCCGUCCGUCAUGUCUCCGAGCGACUCGGAUACCCUUGUGGCUAACCAAGGCUAUCCUCCGCCUCGUCUACCUUGGGGUGGUUCACGUCCGGUGUCGAUGGCGUUCACGGACGAAUCUCAUCUCAGUACAACGCGACCUUCGACUACAAUGUCUAAUUGGGAGACGCGCUCGAUGGCGGGGUUGAUAGAACAUACGACCGAGGAGGGGUUCCGGUUGGACGUCGAUCCGCGGGAGAUGCGAGAUAUCAAUGCUAUUUCUGAGUACGCUCGGCCUGGUCGGCCGUUAUUGGAACGGAUCCUAUCGGAUGAGGUCGAGCAGUCUCGCGGUGCUGUCGUCGUCGCCUGUUGCGGGCCUACUUCCCUGAAUGCUGUAUUACGCAAGGCUAUAUCCUCUCAGAUUAACCCAAGCCGCAUAAGGCGUGGCGAUAUGCGUGGCUCCAUCGCCCUUGUAAGCGAAGAGUUCGAGUAUUAG